UUUGAUGACGUUGAUCUCCUUCUGUGUCGCAAGGUUUCAUGCAGCAAAACUUGCGUAGCUGUGAACUGCGACACUAUCGGGAUCCGAUACGGGAAGUAUUGUGGAGUUGGGUGGUCGGGCUGUCCAGGAGAGAAGCCCUGUGAUGAUCUUGAUGAUUGUUGCAGGCUUCAUGAUGAUUGUGUCGAGAAAAAAGGGUUAAUGAGUGUGAAAUGCCAUGAGAAGUUCAAGAAUUGCAUCAGGAAAGUAAAGAAAUCAGGGAAGACUGGAUUCUCAAAGGAGUGUCCUUAUGAGACCGCGAUGUCUACUAUGAUCCAAGGAAUGGAUAUGGCCAUUUUAUUCAGCCAGCUUGGUGCAUCGAAAGCGGAACUAUAGCUAGCUUAUAGCUUUUUUAUAUCAGUAUAGACCGAUAUCUUCACGUCUGACAUUCUUCAAUGAUUGAUUCUGCCAGAGAAUUAGAGAUCUGUCGUUGUGAGACUACAGGUUGAUUUUUGUUGGUGAUUUGUACAAGUAAAUAUUCACUUGAAGAUGAUUGAGUUAGAGAUUUUGAUUUUUAUGGCAUAUUAUUGACACAGAAAAUUUAGCAUUUUGGAGACCUUUGGGGUUUGUACUUUA